AUGGCUUUGAAUGAUGGAAUGGAAAAAUUCCCAGAUAGCUUGAUGUUGAAGGAGUGGUACGAAAAAAAUAAAGAAUUGUUUAACGAAGUAAAUAAUGUAGAAAAUGAAGGAAUGAAAGAGAAAGAGCAUGGUUUUGAUGCUGAUGGUAACAAAGGAGAGUCUGAUGGUAGUAAUGAAGGUGGAAUAUCUGGUGUGGAAGAUGAUGAAAAUGGAAAAAGGGGGAGAAGAGGACAAAAGUUACCAGUAUAUGGAAAAUCACCGUUUGUUGAAAGGAUUGUUAGAAUGAGUGACAAGGAAGAAAUAUGGAACAUUAGCAGCAGUCAUGUAUUGCAUCAAGGAUUUGCAUAUCAUUUUAAAGGCAACACAUUUAUACAUGCUAUAAUCAUUGACUAUUGGACAUCAUUACUUAACAGAAUGGAGGAACUAAGGGAUAUAGGAUCAGUUGCUAUAGUUUUCUUUGAUACAAAACUUUUGGCAUAUGAGAUAUUGGAUGUAUCGAUUGCAUAA